AUGGAACGGAUCACGGACCACUUUUACAGCGUGUACUCGCCUUCCAUGCGCUGCAUCGUCGGAACGCCAAUCCGCGGUACUGGAGCACGGCACUGUCACACGCUUCCCGAAACGUCUGCUCGGCCCCGUUCGCAAUCGCAGUGGGUAAGGCACAGCAAAUUUGCACGGCGCGCGCGCGCGGCGCUCGUCACGUCAAAAUCGAAAAUUGAGCUCAGCUGGCGUGUCUGGGAUGUCUUUGCCGAGCCCAGCAGGCCAUGCUGCUCGAGUGCGUGUGCGCGCGCACUCGAUGUGAGUUCGGAUGCACUGGACGAGGGCAGAAUGCCAGAGGCCGCGCGCUGGAAAGCACCUCCGGACCGUUCGGCCCAACCGCUUCGAAUCUGGGCCGGUGUGCGUGUGCGUAUGCCGGUGCCUCCUCCUCCUCCUCCCUCCUCCUCAGCGCUCCUCAGCGCUCCUCUUCUUUUCCCUUCCGCCUGGUCCCUGAUCUUCGAGCCUUUUUGGAUUGAUAGAUUCUCGAAAAGGGGCGACUUCGAGUUUGGCAACUGCGCUUGA